AUGGUCUCUGGCCCUUGCAAAAGCUCGAGACUUAAAUCCAAAUUUACCCAAACCCCACACGCCAUCCAUAAUAGUAAGCGACAGACGAGGAGCAUUGUACGUCGUCAACCUGAUGAUCGAGCUCAAAAGCUACGCAGUGCCUCCCUGGCAAGAAUCUACAAGGAGAUUGACGCUUUUGCCCGACGAGACAGGUCACAAUACUGGACGCCAAAGGAGCAGAAGAAGUCGAACGAUGAGAUGGACGCCAUCCACCAAAUUCUACGACAAGCCAGGAUGAUCCGAUCGCUCCAUCAAAUUCGAUGGGAACAGCACAAAUCCUUACGAAGACGGCUCAGCACUUUCCAAACAGAUAUUCCAGCCGUCGCCAGGGCUGUGGCACGGGCCAACGCAGAUUGGUCGAUCACAGGAGACAUACAAAAAAAGUUUAAGGACUUUUGUGAGGGACCCAAUCUUAUGAUCUUGAAAUGGGGCGGACUUUUCGCCAUGAUCAGAUCUAACGCUUCGAGUCUGGAACUAUUCGCGCAGGAAAGCUUUGGCAUCAAACCUCGCGAUUUGGACAAAAUCUAUGAUGUCGGUUUCAACAAGGAACCAGGCUCAUGGAUUGUUCCUGGAGAGAAGGGCCCCGCCCGGAGGAGCAGGAUUGAGGCUGGAGAAACAACGGAAUCGACGCUGUCCGAGUUCAACAGAAAGGACCCGGCACUUGAAUUGCUCUCCAAACUGGACGUUCUUCAGGAAAACAUCGACGAGUCGGUCGUUAAAGUCCGUCAGGUUCGGCGACGAGUUGACCAUCAACUACAGCAAUUGGUACUUCAGAAACAUCGACUUGGGCUGCAAAUGUGGGAGGGGGUGCUGUCGUUGCUGGGUCGAGGAAAAAGUCCCGACGGAGCUCCCAGGGCAGAUACCCUGAAAGAGGCGAAGGCUAAGGGAACGGCUCCUGCUUGGGCGAUGGAGGACGACAAUGUGCCGUUCGACAACCCCCUGGCAAAGAGUAGUCUUGGCCUCGCCGUGGAGGAGGUCAAGAAGAGGAAGAUGAAGAAAGACCCUAAUGAUGAGAAGAGUGAUAGCAAGAGGCAGAGGAAGAGAGGAUAG